CGAGCAACUUUAGUCUGUUUUGAACACCAGAUUUGACCCUUCAGGAUUUUUUCUCUCCCGGCGAAAAUGGCGAGACCGAUGGCCGAUUGGCGCAGCAACAGAGCGGCGGUUCAGGGAACAAACGACGACGCUUCCGCCAGCAAACUGUCUUGUGUCAAAAAGGGGUACAUGAAGGAUGACUACGUUUAUUUGUUUGUAAAAAGACCAGUGAGGAGAUCUCCAAUAAUUAAUCGCGGAUAUUUUGCUCGGUAUGCAGCAGUCAGAAAGCUUCUUCAUCAAUUUCUCAAUUGUGAAGUGAAUACUGAUGGGCAAGGCAACACCAAGAAGCAAAUACUGUCACUGGGAGCUGGCUUUGAUACAACAUAUUUUCAGUUGCAGGACGAAGGGAAAGCACCUUACCUGUAUGUAGAACUAGACUUCAUAGAGGUGACCAGUAAGAAAGCUGCUCUUAUUGAAACCUACAGUCAAUUGAGGGAUAAAGUUGGUGAGACUGCAUCAAUUUCUCAAGAGAAAGGGGAAGUGCUUAGCGAGCACUACAAAUUACUUCCUGUGGACUUGCGUGAUUUACAGAAGUUAGAUGAUAUUGUUACUUUAGCUAAUAUAGAUCCCAGUUUGCCAACAUUUAUAAUUGCAGAAUGCGUUCUUAUAUACUUGGAUCCAGAUUCAAGCCGCAGUAUAGUCAGAUGGGCUUCUAAGACAUUUUCUACGGCUGUAUUUUUCUUAUAUGAGCAGAUUCAUCCAGAUGACGCUUUUGGUCAACAGAUGAUUAGAAAUCUGGAGAAUCGAGGUUGUGCACUGUUGAGCAUUUAUGCUACGCCGACUUUGCUUGCGAAGGAGAAACUUUUUCUUGAUCAAGGAUGGCAGAGAGCUGUUGCCUGGGACAUGCUGAGAGUGUACAGUAAUUUCAUUGAAGCCCAAGAAAAACGCAGGAUUGAACGGUUGGAGUUGUUUGAUGAGUUUGAAGAGUGGCACAUGCUGCAGGAGCACUACUGUGUUGCCUAUGCAAUCAACGAUGCAAUGGGUCUGUUUGAGAAAUUUGGUUUCCCUGAAAUUGAGACUGGAGCAACCGUUGCUACAUCCCCAUGAGAGAAUUAUUUUGUUAUCUGAAGUGAUUCUUUUCCGUGCAUUGAUGUCUAAUAUUGGCACGAAAGGAAGCAUGCUACUGGCUCAUGUUAAACCUGGGUGCUCUUUCUACCACUUCUUCAGUCUUACAUCCAAUAUAUGCAUAUAUUUAUACUUGUGUGUUGUAAAACUUAAAUGUAUCCAUCCAUUUGUCACCCCACGGACUAGGGGUUUGGGUUUUGUAUCCAUCUAUUCAUUUUUAGUUGGAUCAUAAUGGCAUGGAUUGACGGAUGGAACAUUCAAUUUCGUUGACGACUUACAUUUGUUGUUCACUGAUUUAAGAAUAUUUUACAUUGUAGAUGUGGGUUUUUUGUGCAACUGAUGAUGUAGUGUAUAAUGUAAUGUUAUGGUCAGUCAGUCACAAUCAUGAACAUAUGAUGUUAUUACGUAGAUAUGAUUAUUUUGUACAAUUGUUAUCACAAUA